UGCAUUGGAAAGAAACCAAAGCGCUUACUAUUGAGGAGGUUAACAGAUUCGACCAAAUGGAGAAGGUUGAUGUCAAAUGUAUCCUUGGAGAUCCCGGAUUGCAUAGCGACUUGGUUGAAGAUGUUGACUGUGAAUUUGGAAGAGUUGUUGAUCUUGUCAAAAGAGGAUAUCGUUUGAAGAGACAAGAUUGGCUCAAUAGAAGUGUCGACAUUGCCGUUGCUGAAGCUGAAGUGGACGAAAAUAAUUCUGUUCCUGGGAUUGAUGCAACUGAUCAAGAAAAGAUUGAAUUCCUCAAUAAUAAGGUAGUGUCUCUUGAAGAAAGAGUGAAGUACCUUGAAGGUCUUUUGAACAUUCGUGGAGAAACUGUGAAGGAAACUGAGAAGUCAAAAGAAACUGAAGCCGCCACAAAAACCAAGGUAAAUGGACAGAAUGCCGAUUAUGAACUUGACGAAAAUGAAGUUUUAGGAGUUUAUAUAGAUGCCAAAAGAAAGGAAAUCGCUAAGAGAAAGAAGAAUGGUGUAAGACCUCCACGUGAAGUAGGACAUCAAGAUGAAGAUGAUGUAGAAGUCGAAGUCAAUGAAGAACAACCACAAGAAGAAGAGGAACAACAACAAGAAGAUGAUACAGAAGACGAUGUGGACGAUGGUGAUAAAGAGAGUGAAAAUCCGGAAACCAAUGAAGUAAGCUGAUUUAUAAAUCUUUAAAAACUGAACAAUCGUUUUAAAUUUAUAAAUCAUUAUAAAUAUGUAAUCCUUUUAUUGAAAUAGGGACAGACACAAGAGGAAGAGGAACAACACCAAGAGGAUGACGCAGAAGUCAAUGAAGUAAGCUUAUUUAUAACCCUUUAUAAAUUGAAAACCGUUAUAGAAUUAUAAAUCAUUAAGAAUAUGUAAUCUUUUUUUUUUUAAAUAGGAACAGCCACAAGAAGAAGAGGAACAACAAGAAGAAGAGGAUACAGAAGACGAUGUGGACGACGGUGAUAAAGAGAGUGAAAAUCCGGAAACCAAUGAAGUAAGCUGAUUUAUAAAUCUUUAUAAACUGAACAAUCGUUUUAAAUUUAUAAAUCAUUAUAAAUAUGUAAUCCUUUAAUUGAAAUAGGAACAGAAACAAGAG